AUGAAUCCUGGAACACUUGCGCUUCUAUGCGCUGCAAUUCUGGUGUCAGCUACCGCAGCCUUUAUUGACAACCGUUUCGAAGACCCGGCAGCCGACAUCGCCUUGCUACGAGAACAAAUGGCCUCGCUACGCAACGAUUUGGAAGAAGAAUCCAAAAAGAUGAAUACCCGAGUCGGAGCACUGACUCGUCAAAUGAUGCUACAGCAACUUUUUGUCGAAGAACGGCUCCGAUCUGAGGGACAAUCCGGCGUAAAGCAGACGCGUAAUGGAGUAGGCGGAACAAAAUCCUACCAUCUGAAUUCCCAUCUUAGUGGUCAACGCAUCGUAGCCAUUCAUGAUCAUUCUAACAAUAUCAGAACUGUCGGAAUGGGCGAGUUUAUCGGAGUUUUGAACGGGGUCGAGUUUCGUACACGGCAUAAUGAUUACCGGCUAUAUAUGCCCAGUAGUAAUACAAGCGAGUACCAUAAGACUGAAGAAAUACCGUUCCCCGAUGUCCCGCCGGAGGUGGCAUCGAAAGGAUCGCUUGAUGAACAAGUUGAAGAGAUGAUCGAGUGGUUUAAGGUAAUAUAUAAUGAUCUUAGAACAUCUUUGGGCGUCACUAUAUAAAAGUUUCUUUGAACAAAAUACAAUUUUAUCAUACUAAUGUCAGUUGUCAGCUAAAAUUUAAGCCUAUUGUCAGCUGAAAGAUGUGAGCUGUCCGAUGCCAAAUUUCUAUUUCAUCGCUCAUUUAUCCAUCUAGGCUUGGAAGAAUGAAAAUCACACACUACGAGAUUACAGAAAGUACUUUAAACCAGUGUUAUGUUACUUGGAAGGAACUUGGACAAAAAGCACGCAAAAAAUCGACGAACCAUUUGACAGUGACCGCCAUUUUGUUGACGCGAGCAGCUGGUUCGACCUUCAGGAGAAGAUUCGUUUUACAUCUUACACAGGACGUAAGGACAACUCGGAGAAUUUUGCCUACCUUCCUACCACCAUCAUGGAAGGCAAUGAAAAGACAGUUGUCUUUGCUCAGUGGAAUUAUCGUAUUUUAUGUCAUCCUCUUAAAGAUUAUCUCCCAGUUAACAGGUAAGGCAUUUUGCUUCUACUCGUGUAAAAAUUGGCGAUAUAUUUCACCGUAAAACUUAUCGUCCGAAUGAUUUAAGCUUCUUUUGCGAACGACUUUGAGAUAAUAUUUCGACUUUAUUUCAAAGUCGUUGUCAAACAAAAUGACUUUGAGUUUGAAAUAAAGUCAACGAAAUACUACUGAAUACUGGGAAUUUUGUUGUCUUGUCUAAAUACAUCGAAUCUUGAGUUCACAAAAUGUUUAAAUUCAGAGCGUGUUUAAUCUUAUAUUGAUGAUGAGCAGGUCGGGUCUGUAUCGGAUUACAUCUUAUUCUUAUUCAGGUUGCGUGUUGUGGACGACCUAGCGUCCAGACUCGCACGGAAACGCACAGUCGAAAAACAUGAACAGACCCGCGCAGCCCGAUUUCAGGUUAACCCUAAGAACACUGACAAGUGGCGGGAUGCUAUGGAAAAAUCAGGCAGUUUAAGCUUACUGGACAAACUCAUGAGUGAAAUCCCCGGGAAGGAUAAUUACCCGGCCAAUAUCACCGACGGCGUCCUGGGCCAGGAAGCUUACUCGUUGGACCCGGAGCAAGUUGGCCAGAAAUUGAAUGCUGGGUAUUAUCACCGCCGGUACAAAGUGCUGGAGAAAGGAGCGAUGGGGAUACAGACACGACAUCGUGGAUUCUCUGAUCCAAAUCUAUUUGUGGCGAUGACGACGCAAGAGAAUAUCGCAGGUAUUUACCCAAAGCAGAUUGCCUAUACGCAGGCUAAGCGAAGUAGGAAAUUAUGACUGUGACUUUACAACGAUGCGUUGUUUUGAAUUAUUUUGGCAACGAUCGAUUAUUUCUUGAGCCCGCUCAAAGUGUAAACUAGGGAGGGCCUACUAUAACACGAAAUUAAUUAAAGUAUAUUACAAAAUACUUCCAAAGAAGAUACAGUUUUGAUUUGGCCGGAUAGAGAACACGUAUUAAAGAGAUCUCACGAACACCACACAAUGCAAAGUGAUCUUUUAAUUUUGUCUUUAGAUAAGGAUUGGCAGAGAGACAAAACGUUCUGAUUGUUGGGUCUACGUCAACGCGAUCUACCCAUUUUCCGGAUAGUAAUAUCUUUUGGCAUAGGCAUAGUAAAAUAAUAAAGUACAAGAGAAAUGAGUCUGGUGUUCGCUUGAAGAGUAAUAACCCUCCUCUGGCGUUAAAUGGAAUAAAAUAACAAUGUUAGGCAAAUUAGGGGCGUAUUGUGGGUUUUAUCGGUAGAAUUAUUAUUAUUAUUACUAUUAAAACAUAUUUUAACACGGUAGCUAAUCAACUAGAAAAAAAUAUUUACAAGAUUGAUCAAGAUUGUCGUUGCUUUUCAUUAGGCCGUGUACUUACAGACAGUACAAGAUAUUGCCACCCACCCUCCCCAAACCACCCUAAAAAUAUUAGAAAGAUAUACAAAGUUUAUUAUAAUCACUCCAACCCCACCCAGAUACGAUGAUAUAAAAUUCAUUCAAUAAAAUUCGUUGUAAAGAACCUAGCCUUCAAUAAACUCAUCCUAUUUUCAACAGGAAUGAAACUGAAUGUUUGCAAGGGAUUCGGCACAAGGAAGACAUGCACACAAUACGAACAGAACGUGUCGUACGCCAUACCACUAGAAAUUAUCUACCUCACACCCUUAAACAAUUGGAACCCACACAAUCUCAUUUACAAGGGAGACGCGCGCUUCGAUCCAGAUGGAAAAACGGUGACUGCCGAUGGCCGCAAUGGCGGAAAAACGAAAACGACAGCUUAUGAUGGCAUCAACAGCAAAAUCUAUUACAUUACACCCAAUACGUUUUUCAUGGGAAACGAAACGAAUGUCGAUGCCGCUGACACGACAAAAGACUCGGUUGGUGUCUUAGACCCGACCGGAGAAGUGAGACAGGUUCGCGCCUCCGGUAUAAGAAUCUUCCUGCCUGAUAUUCCAGGAGUAGGAAUUCUUAGACAAAGGUAUAGUGAUAGAUGAUUUAACCUAGGGUGAGGGGGGGGGGGCAGUGACCCAAUUACUAGGUGGGGGAGGAUUCAGUUUGACUUUACUGAAUUUCGCACUUUCUUCCGGUGGCUAGACCUCCACAGAAAACAGUUAAGAACAGAUAUGAUAUAAUUAUCCAGUAUAACGUAAUGUUACUUAAUAAUUCUUAUAUGGUAACACUAGAGAGUUCUAGGAAGAGCAGUUUAGAACUGAUAGAAGUAUCCGUUGUAAAUAAAGUUAGUUCCACAUAAAAUCAGUCAGAGUGUUUAUCAAAUUUAAAAAGUUAGUUUAGGUUUCAACCCUGGAUCAAUAAGGAAUGGCUCUUUUGUUGAAUUUCUAGACACAACAUUAUAGGACUGAUGCUUGUGAUGUUACUCUGAGUGCAUAUCCACACCGGGCAAGAUCACAAGCACCAUAUUCACCUGAGCACAUUACACCAACACAGAGGAAAUCAUUAUAGGACUGAUAUAGGCAAGCCUUACGUCGAUAUUUCCGUAUUUCACAGGUACCCCAUUAUGCCGAUACAUGUUGAAGGAAGCACGGCGUGGAAAGAGAUACAGGCUGUUGGAGAUCUCCUGAUGGAAUCUAAGAAGCAUGCGAACCUUUUCCGAGAUCCAUUAUCAGGAAAAGAUGGUGGCCCAACACCUACACCGGAAGUAAACACCGAUACAGGAUUACGAACCAGGGAUUCGACAGUCGAACCAUCGGUGGUUGCUCGUCAUCGCCAUCAAAUCACGCUGACCGAAGACGAAGUGAGCACGAUCAAAUCUGGAGGCAACGUUACCGUGGCAACGAGUGAAAAUAACGGACACCAGCAUAUGAUUACGAUCAAGUGGCAUAAAAAAUCCGGCUUCUACAUAGCGGUUUGCGCUGGAACGCCUGAGAUCACACAAGUCUAUGCGGCUAAAUGUUGGGAUAAGCACCCGUCAGUUUUGAGGGUCGUGCCGGAUCAGUAAUGCACACGUCAGCACUUGGUUGCUAAGGGAAACAUAUAUUCAAGACUUGUUAACGGACACGAUGUUUAGAUGUAUAGUAGAAU